AGUGUCCUGAGGAUGGGAGGGAAGCAGAAGAAGCUGAUCUCGAUCAAUGACAACCUGAAACAUCCCAGCCAAGAAGGAGGAGAAAUCAGAAGUUACGAGUGUUCAUUGGUUUAUGAAUCUAAGGUGGAGAGGAGAACAGACAGUAAAUUAACUGGACAUGGUAUGAAGCUACUUAAGAUUAGCAGGCUGGAAGAGAUAAAUACACAAUACAACAGAAACAGACUAGAAAAAACAGCCUUUUUUCAGAGUAUGGAAAAAAUGGAGAUGACUAGAAGCUUUAAGGAAGAAAAAUUCAGUGAACCACAUCCUAGAACAGAAGAUGAAAAGGUCAUCAAAGAAAAGUUACAUUUGAAUGAAACAGAAACAAAAGAAAAGAAGCCACCAGAUUCAACAGAGGGGGCCAUUCAGAAGAGCCAGUCCUGCUCUCAAGAAGAAGAAGUUGAUAAGCUCAAUGAAGAAAAUGCCAAGAGGGAAAGUUCUGUUCUGCUUGAAGUGGAUCCUCCCAGAUUUCAUACUGAAGGAUCAGAGAAGGAAGAAGAGAGUUUGGCUUUCGAAAGUUAUUACGAACAUAGGAGAAACUCUGUUCAGGAAGAACAGAAUAUAGAAGAAUAUAGGAGAAACUCUGUUCAGGAAGAACAGAAUAUAGGAGAAUAUAGGAGAAACUCUGUUAAAGAGUCAUUGGCUCCAGCAAAACAGCAGGAAGAAGAUGCUGUUGAUGAUGCUUGUCAAAGGCUAACUGUGCAAGAGAUAGAGAGUGAGCCCCCAACAGAUGAGGAGAGGAAGGAGGAACAUCAGGUGCCUGGAGAUGAACAACAAGAGGAGAGGGAGAAUGAAGGGGUGGGAAAUGCUGAUAAGAGUGAAAAAAGUGUUGAGGAACCACCAGCUCCUUCCCAAAAGGAAGAUGAGGCAGAACAAAGCUAUGAUCAAGAGGCACCAGAGGGAAGGUGUAAAAGCUGCGAAAAAGAUGAUAUUCCUACUCCACCAGCACCAUUUGAUCACCGGAUUGUCUCAGCCAAAAGGGUGGGGAUCAACAAUUAUUAUAAUGUCAAUGAGGAUGAAAUUCUGGGAGGAGGGCGAUUCGGACAAGUGUACAAAUGUGAAGAGAAAGCAACAGGUCUCAAGCUAGCAGCCAAAAUUAUAAAAGCAAAAGGUCCAAAACAGAAGGAUGAAGUUAAAAAUGAAAUCAAUGUCAUGAACCAGCUGAAUCACGUGAACCUCAUCCAGCUGUAUGAUGCCUUUGAAUCUAAAAAUGACAUUGUACUUGUCAUGGAAUAUGUGGAAGGAGGAGAGUUAUUUGACCGAAUUAUUGAUGAAAACUACAAUUUGACAGAGAUGGAUACUAUCUCAUUCAUAAAACAGAUCUGCAAGGGAAUUCAGUACAUGCACCAAAUGUACAUUCUUCAUUUGGAUCUCAAGCCUGAGAAUAUCCUGUGUGUGAACCGAGAGGCAAAUCAAAUAAAAAUUAUUGAUUUUGGAUUGGCGAGAAGAUAUAAACCCAGGGAAAAGCUUCGAGUUAACUUUGGGACUCCAGAAUUUCUUGCUCCUGAAGUUGUGAAUUAUGAGUUUGUCUCUUUUCCUACAGACAUGUGGAGUUUAGGAGUCAUUGCUUAUAUGCUCCUCAGUGGAUUGUCUCCUUUUUUGGGUGAUGAUGACAACGAGACCCUCAACAAUAUCCUGGCCUGUAACUGGGAUUUUGAAGAAGAGGAAUUUCGAAGUGUUUCUGAUGAGGCCAAAGAUUUCAUCUCAAAGCUUCUCAUCAAGGAAAAAUGCUGGAGAUUAAGUGCAACUGCUGCCUUAAAACACCCAUGGUUAACAGACCACGAGCUCCACUACAGACUCCAGAAAAAGGCUAAAGGUGUGUCUCAAGCACCCCUGGCUCAAUAACCUUUCUGAAAGAGCUGCCAAACAGAAGAAAAGCCGCUGUGUGGUUGCUACUGCUAAGAGGUUUGAAAAUAUCACCAGUCUUGGUGCUUUACCCCCCUGCCAUGACUGAGACUUCUCCUAAAUGGACCAACAGCACUUUAGUUGCAGGACAGCAACUAAAGGACAACAAGUCCCAGAAUUGAGGAGCUACUUCUUCUCUAUUCAGCUGUUGAAAGAAGGAAAAUAUUUCUCCAGGUUGUAGGAAGGUGUUUCUUCUGGAGCAGCAUGUUCUCCUUGUCUUGGAGUGCUACAUUAGCUUGGUUUCAUGAACUUUUCUCUAUCUAGUCUUAUAUCCUCAUUUACUUAUCAAAGGCUUCUUGAAGUCCAAAUUAUCAUGGAAAAUUAACUGUUCCUCAUCUCAGCCCAGAAGAAAGUCUGUCACUAUGUUAUAUCUGUAGCCAAGGUUGAUUUGAAACCAGAGUCAAAUAAUUUUGGGAGAAAAAAUUGCAGCAAAUUUAAAGCUGCCUUAUGUAGAAGAUUUGAAUUUGUUUUUCCUAUCACGUUAAAAUGAGUUAAGGAUUAGCUCAACCAUAGUUAAAACCAUGUAAAUGUAACACCAGUGGAAGUGAGAAAUGAGGCUUUCCUUGCGUGUAGGUGAAUUUGCUGCAUCUGUGAUAUGGUACAUUUCAGGAUUUUUUGACCUGAUGAAUUACUGCUUGCUUUAAAUACACUUGGAUUAAUUAAACAAGAAACAGAACAAGGCACUAUUCACUUGUACCCAUGCAAACUCUGUUCUCCAAUAUGCAAGUAGAAUUCAGAGUUAUUUUAACAGCAGUGAUUUUAUAGCAACUAAUCUGUUUAAUGCUAAUAUGACUGAUUAGGACCAUUGGCAAAGAGGAGAGUCAGUGCUUUGCUCAUUAUAACCUCUGAGUAUAGGCCCAAACGAAAAUCCACUGUUUUUCUGGAGUUUUCUUAUCUUGCUUCCAAGCCUUUCUGACUCUUAACUAGG